UCAGAAGCGAGCUUCGGCCUCAGAAGGGGAAAAUGCAAAUGGUUCAACGUGGCAAAGGGAUGGGGAUUUAUAACGCCAGACGAUGGAGGACAAGAUGUAUUCGUACAUCAGAGUGUCAUACAAAUGAGCGGUUUUAGAUCGCUGGGAGACGAAGAAGAAGUCGAAUUCGAGUGCCAAAUAUCGGAUAAAGGACUCGAAGCAACCAAAGUCAGCGGACCACAGAAUGUAGAUUGUAGGGGAUCCCAUCGAAGACCGGUGUCGAAAAAACGAUUUAGAAAAAUAAGGUGUUACAAUUGCGGCGAGUUCGCCAACCACAUCGCCGCCAAGUGCCAGCUGGGGCCGCAGCCGAAGCGCUGCCACAACUGCAAGAGCGAGGACCACCUGAUCGCCGAUUGCCCCACGAGGUCGGAGCGCCCGUCGAAGGCGGGCAGCGGCGACGCCUCCGGCGGCGAGCAGAACGGCAACGACGGCGCCUCGCCGGCGUCGAGCUCUCGCGACGCCUGCGGCGCCAUCUCGGGCGCGACGGCCAAGAGCAAGGACUAGAGAACGGAAGGACGAUGCUAGCUUAAUUCGGGUUUUUACUAGAUCGCGAAAUUUUGAUGCCGUUUUUCGACGGUUUUCGGUUCUGUUAUUUUGUUUGCGGGAUUUCUUUAGCUCGUCGAAAAACGGCAU